CUAUCAACUUGGGGAAAAAGGAUAUUUUCUAGAUUAGGUAGAGGAGACAGAAAAGUACCUUCUUCUUUCAUUCAGGUUUCAACUUCUUUAGCUAUGGCUGCCGAUGAUUCUUCAAAUGCUAUUGACAUCAAAGGGAACCUGGACUCCGAUUCCAACCUUAACACUGACGGUGACGAAGCGUCCGAUAACGAUUCCGCAAAGGCAUUGGCUACUAUCCCUGCUCCCGCCGUUUGUCUUUUCCGGUUCGCUGGAGAUGCUGCUGGUGGCGCUGUCAUGGGUUCUAUCUUCGGAUACGGUUCAGGAUUGUUCAAGAAGAAAGGCUUUAAAGGAUCAUUUGCAGAUGCAGGGCAGUCUGCAAAGACUUUUGCUGUUUUAUCUGGAGUCCAUAGUUUGGUUGUUUGCCUUCUGAAGCAAGUGCGAGGGAAAGAUGAUGCCAUUAAUGUUGGAGUUGCUGGGUGCUGCACUGGUCUUGCUCUUAGUUUCCCCGGUGCUCCACAGGCCCUUCUACAAAGUUGUCUCACUUUUGGGGCAUUCUCUUUUAUCCUUGAGGGACUCAACAAGAGACAAACCGCUAUGGCGCAUUCGGUCUCGUUGAGACACCAAACCGGACACGUCCAAGAUCAUCAUCGUCCUUUACCACUGUCUCUUGCUCUCCCGAUCCAUGAAGAAAUCAAAGGAGCCUUCUCUUCUUUCUGCAAGUCCUUAGCUAAACCCAGGAAGUUCUGAUUCUCCCUUUCUUGUGUCUUAGGUUUCUCUAUCUGUAGAUGUAAAAUUUCCCGCUUUUGCUGUACUUUGUGAGUGAGGAAUGUUUUAUGAAAGGCUUUUUGCAACAGCCAGUUUGAAGAAAAAAAGAGUUGUGUACCUUUUGCUUUA